ACCAAUACACCUAUACAUACACAUUCAUCAUAUAAUUAUAUAAACAGGAGUAAAACCCAAAAUCCCAAAUCAGUACCAAGCAAGGGAAAAUGGGUAUCAAAGAUCUUCUCAGAUUCAUGAAACCUUACAUUGAACCCAUUCACAUCAAGAAAUAUGCUGGAAAACGAGUUGGAAUUGAUGCAUAUUCAUGGCUUCACAAAGGAGCAUAUUCUUGUAGUAUGGAUCUGUGUCUGAACUCAAACGGUGAGAAGAAAUUGAGAUACAUUGACUACUUUAUGCAUCGAAUCAAUCUGCUUCGGCACCAUAAGAUUACACCGGUGGUUGUUUUUGAUGGUGGUAAUGUACCUUGUAAAGCUACAACUGAGCAAGACCGCCAUAGGAGAAGAAAUAGUAAUCGUGAUUUAGCAAUGGAAAAGCUCAAAGAAGGGAAUGUUAGUGCUGCUACUGAGUUCUUCCAGAAAGCCAUAAGUGUUACUCCUCAUAUGGCACAUCAGCUGAUACAGAUUUUGAGAUCAGAGAAUAUUGAAUUUGUGGUAGCUCCAUAUGAGGCUGAUGCGCAAUUAGCAUACUUAUCCAAUCUUGAGCCAGAACAAGGUGGAAUUUCAGUAGUGAUUACAGAGGAUAGUGAUCUCAUAGCAUAUGGUUGUGAAGCUAUUGUAUUCAAGAUGGAUCGAUAUGGCAAUGGAGAAGAGAUACUACUAGAUAAUGUUUUCAAUAAUUCUAAGGCUCGCACACCUUCCUUCCAAAAUUUUGAUAAGGAAUUGCUUACAGGUAUGUGUGUCUUAGCUGGAUGUGAUUUCCUAACCUCUGUUCCUGGAAUUGGGAUUGCAAAAUCUUAUGCUUUUGUGUCCAAGUAUUGGAACUUAGACCGUGUUUUGUCUGUUCUAAAACUUGAGAAAGGAUCCCAAAUGCCUGAAGAUUACCCCAAAUCUUUCAGAGAAGCAGUGGCAGUUUUCCAGCAUGCUCAAAUAUAUGAUGCUGACAUGAAAAUGCUCAAGCAUAUGAGACCUCUUCCAGAAAAGCUUCUGCAGUCUCUAGACGGAGAGCUUGAUUUUCUUGGACCUGAAGUCCCUCCAUCAAUAGCUACAGCAAUUGCAGAAGGAAAACUGGAUCCAAUUAGUAUGGAAGCCUUUGAUCGUUUCCCAAGUUCCAAAUGUCAUUCAGGUCCUGUUAGGAUCCAAACUUCAGGUCAGCUGCCAAGAAUUGAGGCUCCUAUGGUGUCUGCAAGAGAAAGUUGCUUUGUGACAUUUUCCAAAAAAGCCAGACAAGAUGAUGAUACAGAAAAGCAGAAUACAGUUUCAAAUGAAAGAAAGUGUACUAACAAAGUUGAAGCACUUCAAAAAUUAGUAGUGCCAUCAUCGAUUCAAGAAACGGUGGAUACCACAGUGGUAAUUGCCAAAAGCCCUUUGAAGGUUCCCAACAACAACCCUUUCAAGAGAAAAAAGUUUGACCAAACUCAUUCAAGUCAAAGAAAGGACCAAACUUCACAUGUUGAAGAUUUUGAAGUCUUAGACUGUUCAAUUAUCUCUACUGAUAAUAUAUCACAUGAAGUUCCAGAAAGUGAUGUUGCUUCCAGGAAAAGAAAGCUAGAAGAAACAACCCCAUGUUGUAUCAGCAUUAGUGAAGAGGUUUCUGGAGUGACCCAGGAGGAGAAUUCAGAGGUUUUAGAAUCCCAAGAAAGUGUUAAGUUAAAGAUAAAUAAUAGCAGUAGUAUUUUGAAAAAUAAGAUCAGUGGUGGAAAAAGGAAAGGGAGAACUGGGACACUGAAGAAUAGUAGUUCCAAUAGUUCGGAUAGUAAAAAGAGCAGUAUUCUAAACUUCUUUUCUCGUGUGUAACCCAAUUUUGAUUUAUAUAGUGCUUCAACAAUUUUUGUUUUUGAACUUUUAGCUGGUGUGCCAUAACUUUAACAUUGAACUUUUUAUAUAGA